AAGACAAUAAAUAAAUAAAUAAAUAACUCGAAAUACUAUUAUGAACUUUGAGAAAACAGACAGCCAAAAUCUCAGUGGUCAGGUCAUCAAUGUGAGGUCAAAGUUGCGUCUUGAUGCAUGAAGCUGGUAGGUCAACUCUGCCGCUGCAAUAAGCACACUAAGGCCAUGCCAAUCAGCAGCACCUAUGCAUCCAUCGACCUACUGGAAGUGGGCAGGUUUGAUCGGUGAUAUCACAGCAGCACAGUGUCAAUACGAGGGUGGGGAGGAGAACAAAGAGCCACUCACCCAACACCCACUUUGUCCUGAUUUCUCGAGGACAAGACUCGCCCAACCAUCACCCCGUCUUUCACCAGUCAAGUCCCGUGGUUCACAAUGGGGUCUGUUGGAACAGGUACGCGAAAUAAGGUCUCUGGAGGGGAGGAGGAGGAGACGAUCAAUGUCUUGAUCACCGGCUUUGCUCCCUUCCGCACCAACUUCCCCAUCAACCCCUCCUGGGAAAUCGCCAAAUCCCUCCCCGACUACCUCCCACCCCCACCAACCCCCUUCAGAGGCAUCCCGGGCCACGUCCCUCCCCCCGGCACCGCCACAGGAACCAUCCCCCCAAAUCCCACCAACCCCCCAAUCCCCCUCCCCAAAGUCCGCCUCCUGGUCCACCCCUCCCCCAUCCACGUAGGCUACCGCGCAGUCCGCAACCUCGUCCCCUCCCUCUGGCACCUCGACUCUCCCUCCAACCCCAAAAUCGACCUAGCAGUCCACAUCGGCAUGGCCGGCCCAAGAGGCUUCUACUCCAUCGAGCGCCGCGCCCACAAAUCAAACUACACCAUGGGCGACGUAGACAACAACCUCCUCUCCGACCUCGACGACGAAUCCGCCCCUCACCCAUGGCAAGACCUCCCGGAAGAGCUCCUCUCCGACCUCGACAUGGAAGACGUCUUGCAAAGAUGGAGAGACCACUCCCCGCCCUACUCCGACUUGAGAAUAUCCGAAGAUGCCGGGCACUACCUCUGCGAUUUCAUCUACUACAGCAGUCUGGCGCAUCUGGUCAAGAAUAACCCUCACGAAAGGAAGAGGGUCGUCUUCUUGCAUGUGCCUAGCGAGGCUAGCCCCGCGUGGGUCAAGGUCGGGAGGGAGUUGUGUCUCAGUUUGGUGAGGGGGAUGGUGGAGAGUGAGGUUGUUAGGAGGGAAAGGGAGUUGAAGGUGGAGAACCACCAGGAAGAAGUGGGCGAGUUGUAAAAAAGGGGGGAAAGGGGAGGGUUGGUUUCAUACAUGGUUGAAUAUCUGUGUUUGGUUUGUUUUGACUGGGGGAUGUGUGUGUGUGUGUGUGUGUGUGUGUGUGUGUGUGUGUGUAACUGCGCUUGGUUGGGUACCUGCGUGUUACGGAUGAGAGAAUGUCUAGGUAAACACAUAGCGAACUGCGUGUGGAUGCAAACCUGGAAUGCCGAAUUGUUGGGAUAUCUAUGACCAAGGAUUGGUCAAGAACACUCUCCUGCCACACUUUUCAGACUGGCUGGUGCUGCAUUCUUUUUUUUCUUCCGUCCCCAUAUCCCGAGUAUUACCUGUACGAUUCAACUUCUCUUCUCCCAUCUAGUAAAUUCAACAUCACAGUAUCCAACUCCUCACAAAUGCUUAUUUUACAUAUUCACCCCAACACAAACAGCAAAUACCCCCUUUUUUUU